AAAAAAAUAAAAAAUUUGAAAUAAUAGCUUCUAUCCUUGUGCUGACGCGGGGUUCUUCUCCAUUUCUUUGGCCGCCUCCUCUCCCCUCCAACUCGUCUCAGGAACCUCGCUGCUGUCGUCAUUCGCUUCCUGCGAUUUUAAUCGCCGACGGAGGUAUUGGAGGCUCACAAGCUAACAGUGGGCAAUAAUCGAGAUAACAUAAUCACCUUUCAAUUUGAAAUAAAAGACGAUUGCUUAAGCCAUCUCACCAAACACGAACUCUAGGGUUUCUAAUGGCAGGCUAUGGAAAUGCGGCUCCAUAUAGAUCAAGGGAGGGUCUUAACCCAAGACCAGUGGCUAACAUGGAUGAAAUCCAGUUGAGGAUUGAUCCGAUGCAUGCUGACUUGGAUGAAGAUAUCAACGGCCUCCACAACCAAGUGAGAAGAUUGAAAAAUGUAGCUCAAGUUAUAGGUACGGAAGCAAAAUUCCAGAAUGAAUUUCUGGAUCAACUGCAUAUGACGCUGUUGAAAGGUCAAGCAGGGUUGAAGAACAAUGUCAGGAGAUUGAACAGAAGCAUCAUCCGGAGUGGAUCAAACCAUGUCAUCCACGUGGUGGCUUUUGGACUACUUUGUUUCUUCGUGGUAUACUUUUGGUCCAAACUGUUCAGAUGAAGAUUGGAUACUUAGUGCCUUCCAGACAUCUGUUUUCUAAGGCUAAAAGAGGUUUCCUCGACAACAUAAGUACUUGUUUCAUUGUAAAGCUAUCCACAUGUUCAUGUUACUAAACACAUUGAACAUCUUUACAAUCUUCGUUCGAGCUUCUCAAAGUACUGUGCUUAGAGCAACGCUAGGGGAGAAAUGAUCCAUUUGAGAAAGAACAUUGUUCUGUCACUGUAAACCCCACUAAUCAUGUUAGCGGGAAGUCACAUCUUUCUCUUUAUCUUUAUUUUUCUAUACCCUAUUCAUUUUUUGUAUGGAAAACGAAACGAUGCAAUUUUUCUCAUCAAAUGUUUGUUACAGAUAUA